UUGUAAAUAACAGCCUGUCCGCUUUGCAAAACAAAUGGCACCUUCAAAAACAGCCGCCAAAAAGGGGAGUUCCUCUAUCGACAAAGACAAGGGUUCUAGCCCCAAACCGUCCAAAGUCAAACAGACAAUCAGGGAAUUCAUAAUCAGGCCAGCCACAGGCGAGAUAUUAAAAAACUCCCGAAACUAUGCAACUGUUUACAUAACCAAUUCUGCACUUGAAAUGUUGGAGCUGACAAGUGGUUCUUUUGUUAAGGUAACAUUUGGACUCAAAGAACUGAUUUUACUUGUUGACGUUGCCAAUGCCGAGACAGGAGAGAUUGAAGAUAAUGUUAUCUUAGUCAAUCAGUUUUAUCUCGAUUUAUAUGGAGUUCUACUAGGAGAUCGUGCGGUUUUGAACAGCUACACUGGAAAGUUGGAAUAUGCCAGAAGUAUUGAGGUGGAGGUAACUAAAGAUGCCGAUACAACCUUGACAUUGACGAAGCUUAUUGAUAUUGGAAUUAUCUAUAGAGGCUUAAACUGUGGAACGUGGUAUAUUGCUGCAGUUGAUCAAGAUAUUGAGCAGAAGAUGAAAGAAUUAAGUUUAGAUUCCUCCGCUGAUGAUCUUGGUGAAAAAAGCUUGACUGGAUAUCUAGUACAUCCAAAAAAUACCAAAGUUAAUUUCACGACCCGAGAGAUAUUACCUGAAGUUUACAAAAAACACCGGUUCAAAGAUAUUGGUGGAUUGGACAAAACUAUAGUGUAUUUGCAAAAAACCAUCAAAAUACCCCUUGAAAACUCAAAGUUGUUCAGGUCAUUUGGCAUUGAACCACCAAGAGGUAUUUUAAUAUAUGGUAACUCAGGUGUGGGUAAAAGUAUGCUUUUAAAAAGCCUUGCCAGUGAAUUCCGAGGAUGUCAUGUUAUCAAGAUUGACGGAUCUUCGAUCAUGUCAAAAUAUCUAGGGGACAGCGAGGAGAAGUUGAGAGGGAACUUUAAAGAGGCGAUUAAGUAUCAACCCUCCAUGAUUUUGAUUGAUGAGAUUGAGUCCAUUUUACCAAAUAGGAAGAGCAAGGAAGAUUUCAGUGACGUCGACAGUCGAAUAUUAAGCACAUUCAGUGCCAUGAUGGAUGAACUCAACGGUGGUGGUAAAGUCGUUGUCAUUGGUGUAACCAACGAGCUCAAAAACAUUGAUUUAAGUUUGCGUAGACCAGGUAGAUUUGAUCUCGAAGUAGAAAUUGGAAUUCCUGAUAUCGAGGGUAGGUUCGAUAUUUUGAUGAAGCAAAUGUCGAAAAUUGAAGAGAGGUUGAAAAAGAUUGACACUCAGGAAAUCAAGGAGAUUGCGUCGAAAACUCAUGGUUAUGUUGGGUCCGAUCUACUUUCCUUGGUAAGAGAAAGUGUAAUGAAAGCCAUAAACAGACACCUUGAAGCUAGUGAUAAUAACAUAAAGGAUGUUGGAGUGAGAUACGAAGAUUUCCAGUUGUCUAUGAAGGAUAUUCGUCCUAGUGCCAUGAAGGAGAUUAUCCUUGAGAUGCCCAAAGUGAGAUGGAGUGAUAUUGGCGGACAGGAGGUUUUGAAAAGGAAGUUGCAUGAGAUGGUGGAGCUUCCACUCAAAGAGGCAGACCGCUUUGAAAGGUUUGGAAUAAAAGCUCCAAAAGGUUUACUGUUGUACGGACCACCAGGUUGCUCUAAGACCAUGACGGCGAAAGCUUUGGCCACUGAAAGUGGUCUUAAUUUCCUCGCUAUCAAAGGGCCUGAGAUCUUUGACAAGUACGUUGGAGAGAGUGAGCGGAAGAUCCGUGAUAUCUUCAACAAGGCCAGGGCUUCUUCCCCGUCCAUUAUAUUUAUCGACGAGAUCGAUGCAAUUGCCGUCGACAGGGAGGGAUCGGAGUCUACCAAUGUCUCCAAACAAGUUUUGAACACUAUGUUGAACGAGCUCGAUGGUGUAGAGGAAUUGAACGGCGUCAUCCUUGUUGGAGCUACCAACCGGCCUGCCUCUAUCGAUGCUGCCUUGCUCAGACCAGGUCGUCUUGAUCGGCAUGUUUACGUGGGGCCACCAGACUAUGAGGCCCGUUACGAAAUUCUCUACAAGAAUACAGCAAAGUUUGGAAUCUCUGAUGACGUCCGCGAGACAUUGCUGCUGGACCUUGUAGAGAAGACGAGUGGAUGCUCAGGCUCUGAGUGUGUCUUACUCUGCCAAGAAGCCGGUCUUGUUGCCGUCAGUGCAGGCCGGGAGAGUGUUGGACGUGAGGAUUUUGCGCGGGCCCUGGAAGGACUGGUGAAGAACAUCGACGAAGAAAUGUUGGCGUAUUAUGAAGCUUUUGCGGAGCGGGCAGGCCGGAGCUGAAAGAAGAGAUUGCAUCAGAAGUAGAUACAAAACCAUAAUUACCAGACAAUGGGUUCCAACGGCCACAAGUUGUUGACGGUUCUCGUGUUCAGUGGGCUUGGCGUAUACUCGGGCGUGAAGUUCUUUGAGCCCCUCGUCGUGGAGCAAUUGCGGAAAGACGGGAACCUACGGGCUGAUAUCGACGUUCCACAGUUCGACAAGAACGGUGACAAGAUCGUGAAUGGUGUUGACCAGAGUGUUGAACUAGACCGGCUUAGAGAGAGGCUCGAGCAGAAGAAAGAGUAAGCACAUUUGGGCAUUAAUGAUCGGAAAAGAUCUGCGCUUGUACAUAUAUAGAUUUGCUGUAGUACGUAUGUAAUAAAGUACACUUAGUUAAACGUGAUAUCCACUAUUUUUGGUUUUUAGUUGCCAAUUGGUUAGAUGUCAGAAUACUCAGAUACUAAUUAGUGUCAUGAAAUCAAGAAAUGUAAAGAAAAAAAAAUAAAGCAGAAAUAAAAGC